CCCCCGCCCGCAUCCUUUAUGAAGGAGGAAAGCUUGCCGCCGUUCAAACCAACGUGGAGGCAAGGACGCCGAGCGAGGUGGACGCGCCUCUAUUGUUACCCCUGAGACACUUCGACAUAUCGAGGGUGUUUUUUUUUGUUGUUGUGUGCUUUCUUUGCCACAGCAAAGCAAAUUGAUUGAUUCUUCCUUCUGAGAGAAGUGUAGCGUGAAGGCUACAGUCCAGCUCUUGAAUCAAGCCAGAAACCGCAGCAACCUCAGUUUGGGGAAUGGAACCGGAUGGGGUUACCAUGGAUACCACAGAGCCCAUGGAAGCUGCGGCCGUUGUCGAGCCUUCAGUGUCGCAGGACCAAACACUACAGCAAGAUGCGACGCCACCAGAGCGAGCUGAGAGCGAUUGUGCAGCAGAAGCUGCCAGAGAGACUAUCGACAACGUAAAGGAAGCGGACCCUGAAGUCAAACCACAAGCUGUUGCAUCCAUAAUGCAAGCUUCAACCAAAGCACCCUCUAGACCCAAGUCUCAGCCAAGUACAGUUUUACACCGCAAUGUAAAUAACAAUUUGUCUACAAAGACCACCUCAGGCGAGAAGGCAGCAGCAAAAUUGUCAGUAACGGGGGCUGUCCCCAAAAAAGCAGUGGGUGUUGCAGCUGUGGCAGCCACUGUCAGGCCAACUACCAGGGUGGCCAGUAAGAGACCCACAGGAGCCGCACCAUUAUCCAGGCCUACAUCAUGUGCUGCUGUUGCCGCGGGAACAAACGGCUCUAAACACACUGCCUUCAACGGAAGCAACGGGAAACCCGCUGCGGGAAUUGAUAAAGCAGCCCGAACCAAAAGCUCAGUGACUGUCGGCCGAUCAGCUGCAUUCUUGGGCCCAAAAGCAAGCACAUCUACAGCUGCCAAACCUGAGGGGGGUGCCAUCCCAAAGACCAACAGGCCUGUUUCAGCCGCCUCAACAUCUCGGCCAACAGCAUCUGCGUCCCGGCUAGGGAACAGCGUUACAGGCCGAUCGCACAACACUGCGACGUCUGCUCCCUCAGCAUCACGCACAGCAUCGUCUACAAGCAAGCCGGCCAACAAUGUAGCAUCCAGGCCACCUAGCAGUGCUAGUGACAGGACUGCUGCUUCUAGAGUUACCGCAGUGCUCUCUAGUGGCAGGACCGCCGCAACACACUCGACUGUUGCUGCUGCCAAGAAAGAUCCUGGUCGACCACCUUCCAAUGCAGCUGUAAAAAAGCCAGCAGCUUCGGCGUCAGCUGUUGCCAAAAAACCUGAACUCUCCAAACCUACAACCACAGGAAAGCCCACUUCCGCCUGUAAAUUGGCGCCCAAAAAAGCGGACCCCAAGGUGCCUCAGACUAAACCUGGACCCACAAAGAUAUCUAGUGGACCUGCUCCAAAGUUCCAAGCGGCCAGCAAACCUCUAGGACGAACGCCACCAAACUCUCCUGCCAAUAAAUCUACUACUAGCAGCACAACGCUGACUAAACAUGGAAGCAAACCCACUCAGGCAGUGUUUCCUUAUACUGCCGUCCGAAAGACAAAACCAUCUAACUGUGCCUCUUCUGGACCCGGCCAGAGGGGGACUGGCAAAGCGGUAACACAUGCUAGACAACAACCAGUCCGCACCAAUGUGAGUUUAAGUCAAAAACCAACUGCAGUGGAAGUCCCGCCCAAAGCGUCAGCUCAGGAUGUCACCCCAGAGGAUCUGAAUCAUGUGGUUGUUCAGAGUCAUCCGGCUGCUUCCUGCGCUCCAUGCAGCCUAAUCACUACAGAUGAGCACCAAGUUGCUCAAAGUGAUGCUCGUUCUUCACCCCAUGUGGAGCUUCCACCGCCACUAGAAGUCAGCAGUGAGCCUUUUGAUGUGUUGGUGGUCCAAAAACCUCCCUCCACCGCUGCUAAGCCAGUCGCUCAGGCAAUAACGCUGAACGACGAGGAAGACGAAGAUGAAAAGGAGGUGAGCCAACCUGUGUCUGUUUCCGAAAUGAGCGGCACUACGCAGCCCACUGAGGAGUCGCGUCCCGGAUCGGCAGGACCAAUGGGAGGCUCUGCUUGUAGGGCGGGCGGCGCUUUCUUCUCCGAGCUGGACUCUCUGAGCGGCAGCCAGCAGGGGGCGUCUGAGUUCAGCGCUCCCGGGGUCUUGGAGGGCACCGAGAGUAUCGACGAUCUCGGGGACGGCAGCUUGAAAGGCGCCUCUGUGAGCUCACCCGACUUUGAAAAGGUUCUAGAUAUUCCCGUCAACGACUUCGAGGAGGAUGACGACGACAGAGUGUGUGACAUGGAUGUAGGCUCUGAGCGCACGGACGAGAUACAAAGACUCCGACAUGACAACGAUGUGGACGAGGAGGACGAAGACGUGGAGAUGGCGAGCGAAGGCGUUACCGAGAGCGGUCUGGAAAGCUAUGGGAACGCCGACGAAGACGACUUUGUGGACGACGAAAGGCUGGACAACUUGAACAGGUUGGCCCAGCCCCCUCCGCCUCCUCAGCUACCCUCGGCCCCGGGCGCUCAGUGGGACCGACCCAACCCGUUUGCGGAUCCCUGGGCAGAACACAAUCGAGCACAGCAGUCGAAUCAAGUGGAAGCUGAUGUCAGUCCUUUGCUAGAACCUUUGCAAGACUCUGAGGCCGCAUCUCACUCUCCAGCUAGGGCCUGGCUGGAAAUAAGUUCUGUCUCAUGUAUUACUGAACACCCUGGGGCCGCCCCUGACAAGGAUGAGGGCCAAAGGUGUGUCGUGGCGCCUCUGCAGAUCCUUGCUCCUCUUCCUGCGAGCACGCUGAGCAGCGAAAGCGUCUCUCCAGCCCAGCUCCUGGUGACGUCUCCUCAGCCGGACCUGAUGGAGAGCAGAGAUCAGAAAGUGAAAGCACAGACGAUGCCAGCUGAUGAAGUUCUCCGAGGGGUAGUAACCGCCCUCACCUCCAACCCCUCCUCGUCUUCCGUAACCGAGGAUGAGGCCAGCGACACAGAGGGGGAAGCACUGCUGGACGAUGCCUUGGAAACUCAACAGAACCUCACCUUCGAGAGCCAACCUAAAGCCCGAUCUCUCUCCACCGUAGAAGAAUCGGAGGAAUCGGAGACAGCCCGCCUGACUGGGGACAUGACCCCGCCUUCCGCUACCUCGCUGGCAUCCUACGGCUUGGACUCAGCGACCAUGGCCUCCAACAUGCAGUCCACAGGCGAGAGCUGCAUCAAGAGUCCUGGCAUCUUCUCUCUGGAGGAGCUGCCCGAGGAGUCCAAGGAGCGUCCUCAUCCCACACAGUCCAGCCUGGCGGAGCAGCAGUACACCGACUGCAACAAACAGGCAGUAGAGUCCAGUGAAGAAGCGUCGACUCCCUCACCAGCUCGGUGCGCUUUACAGUCAGCAGGAGAAAAGGCGGACGAUGUCCACCUUCCAUGUUUUUCUGCUAUCUGUGAAAAGCCCGACACCACUUUCACAGGUUUGCUGAAUAGUUUGGCUGCGAGACUUCAUCUACUGUUUGAAGCAGGCCUCACCGCGCUGCCGCAUCGACGCCAUCACUCACCACACGCUGAAGCUCACCUGGUGCUUCCUCGGCUGACCUGCGCCGACCUCCCGCCCAGGAGCGGCGGUGGCGGUGGGCAGCAGGCUCUCAGUCCCCAGCUGCGUCGGCUGGAGCAGCACCAGAAGCAGCUGCUGGAGCUGCAGCAGCGCAGAGAGCAGCAGAGCAGGCCGCUGGAGGGCGCCGAGCAGGAGCGGAAGAGGCGUGAGGAGGAGGAGCAGAGGAGGAAGAAGGACGAGGCGGAGGAGGAGAUUAAGCGGAACAAGGAAGAUGAAGAGACUGAGAGGAGGGAGCUUGAGUUGCAGCUGCAGCAGCAACAAGAAGAACUGAAGCAAAGGCAACAGAUCAUGCAGUGGCAACAGGAACUGGAGCAGUCGUCUAAAAGUCCGGCUGUAGUGUUGUCGCCGUCCUCAGGUCUGUGCACCAUCUAUGAAGCUCUGGAGAACAGCGAUGAUGAAGGCCGUGAGGACGGGCUGAAACGGGAAGAGAGCGUGGAGGAGAACAUUGACUGUGAAAGACGGCUGACACCAAACGGAGACCACUCGUCGCAUUUCCCGCCCGACUCCCCCGAGCGCCCACCCCCGCUGGACCUGGACUGGGGCAAGAAAGUGGACAUCGUACAGCAGCUGAUCAAUCAGACCUUGCUGCUGAAUGGAGACGGCUGUUCGUCCCUGCUCCUGUUGCCGGGCGGCGCCGGAGGAACCCUGAGCCCCCUGGAGAGCAGCCUGUGGCCCAGCCUCCUGCCUCCCAUCACCCCGCCCUCGGCCACAGUCACCUCUGUGAGUAGCUUCUCCCCAGAAACUGCUGGCAGCUCCCCGCAGGGCGAGUGGACCGUGGUGGAGCUGGAGACGCAUCACUAGCAGGCGGUCCUCACAGAUCCACAAACGCGGUGCUAUAGACUUUAAAGACAAAUAAUCAUCAAAUCUCUAAUGUAACAUCGACCACAACAUUGGGUACACCUGCACAAUCCAGGUCCAACAGGGGAUUUGAUCUGAUCAGGUAGUAAUGGAAACACAAGCUCUUGUGGGGUAAAACUUGCAACAUUUAAACAUACAGACAAUGUUUGCAAACAAUGUGAACUGCUUGUCAUACAAGUGUAAAAAUAAACUAACUACUGGCCAUUGUAAGACAUAAAAACUAAUGAAAUGUCAAUGUAGGCACAAAUUGGAGGGGAUUUGUCAUAGAAGUGCCUCGCUUUUGUCCUACAAGUAAAUUGAUUUUUAUUCAUAUUUAUUAAUGAUUAAAGCACAAAUAUAUUUGUGCCGUUCUGAGUUUUAAACAGCACAUCGUGAUGUAACUAGUGAUGGGUAACUGAGUGUGCGGCCCACUUACUGGCUGUACUGGCGCGGCACAGUCACUGUGUUGCUGUUUUAUAAUGGCACUAUCUGUUGUAUUAAAAAUAAUAAAAAGAAUACAAUUAAUUGUAAGCAAAUAUAUAUUUUUUAUGAGACUAGGUGUGAUGAAAGGUAUGGGAAAUGUGCAACUCUGGUCAACAAGCCAAAUCGUAAGGAAGAAAAUAACAUUCACCUUUUAUUGGGCACUAUAACAUCCCUUACAAUUUUAAUUAAAUUGAUGCCAAACACAUAGCGUCUACUUGCCAACUUCUUUUAGUACAAGCUGUCCCUUGUGAGCCGGAAGAAGCGCUUCCCGAUAAACAAUUUGAUGCGUCAGUCGUAUCGGUCACAUGACCCACACAUCGAUAAACACGGUAUCCUGCCUAGUCUUUCAUAGUGGAUCAGUGUUUUAGUAUGUUUGAGCCAUCACUAGCCAUAACCUAAAACGACGUACAAAAAAAUACACAUUAGUCUUGUGUGUUAGCCAUUGGUGACGCUUCUUGAGCUACUCAUUUGUUCAAAAUCAUGAAUGAUAAGACCACUUGUACCCGUAUCCCUGCCAGCAACAAAACUUUUCUUUGUAUAUUGGAUCUCAAUCAAAUUGUGCAGGAGUACCUAAUCUUGUGGCCUGUGAGUGGACUUUACUACAAGAAGUUAUCUUAAAUCAGGUGAACACAUCCCUUUAUGUCACGGAACACAUAAAUGGAAUCAUGUAGUCUGUCAUCAACUAUUUGAAGAGAAUACUAGUCAAUACACUGGAGCUACUACUGUUCUUUUAUUUUACAACAAACCCCCCCCCUUCACCAAAGGUCGGUAUGAUAGUGUGUAUAUAAUGAAGUAUUUCAGUCAGGCACUGAUUAGUUUUCGCUUGCUUAUUUGUGUUCGUCUAUUUUCUGUACGUUUAGGAGUGUAAUGCUGCUAAGUGUGUCGUCCACCCAGUAUGUGUUGACAUUCAUGGAGUUCCUUGCUAUUUUCAUACAAAAGUUACUUGAAAUUGUUGCCGUUUUUGUUUGGCUUAUGCAACUAUUACUUAACUCAACUGUGAUUGGCUGCACGCGUUCACUCACGUUUGACCAAAAAGAGGACAAGUAGUAUAGAAAAGGAGUAUUUAGGAUAGUCAUCUCACUAAAGUUUAGAACACAGAUCUAAAAGGAAAGUGAAUUUGUUUCCCCCCAACGUUUUUUAACGUUGCACAUUUUUGCUGAUCAUUUUGCAACGUUUCUAUUUUUGUCAGAGUGAAGCCGCAAAAAGUAGUUGUAAAAAAAAAAUCAUAUUUUGUGCGUUAAUGACCUAAAUUUAUAAUUUUUUUUAAAAUAAAUAUGGCAAAAUGAACCUAAAAGUUUUAUACAACAGGAGUAUUGGCCACUAGAUGAGUUCAAAUCAAUCAAAGCGUGCUGCUCAGUUUCGUGGCCAGGGAUUCUCUUAGCCUCAGGCAGCAUUAUUACGAUGCAGGGCUGUUCAAUUGGCAAGUUCAGUAAAAAAAAAAAAAACUUGGAAAAUACUAACAUUUUUGCAGUAUAUGUCUAUAAACAGCAGAGUGCUCCUGGUCAAUUAAGUAUUUUUUUCCCCCCAAAAAUGUAGAAUGUCCGCUGCAAAAGACGGGGGCUUUUUGGAAUAUACAAAAUAUCACUAGUGAAUCAAGAAGUUUUUAGGUUUCUGGAAACGUGGCUUCCAAAACAAUUUGAUUGAAUAUCCCUGCUGUAUUGGAUUUCUAGUGUAACGCUGACUUAAGGCUGUUAUUUCAUCUCUACAGGGCUUUGUGUUUAUUAUGCUUUAGCUAUGAAAAUAAUACAUUUAUAAUUCCUACUUUGUGGAAAUUCAUUAACCACGCUCAGGCCAGGAAGUAAAGUUUCUACAUAAAAAAAAAAAAUAUAUAUAUAUAUAUAUAUAUAUAUGUACUGUAUUUCCUUGAAUUGCCACAGGGCAUAUAGUACGCGCCUGCCUUGAAUUACUGCUGGGUCAAACUCGCUUCCCAAAAUAAUUAGCGCAUGCUUAGUAUUACCGCCUGGUCAAACUCGUGACAUCACGAGUGACACUUCCGCUGUCAUCAUUUUCAAAAUGGAGGAGGCUGAUUUCAAUACCGGUAAUUUGAAAUCGCAUAAAGGGAAGAAGAUUAAAAGCUAUUCAGUAGGAUUUAAGGUCCAAUCUUACAUCACACUCAAUUUUUUACUGCAUGCCUUUGGUGAGUGCCGGAGUGAGAAGAGGUUUUAAAAUAAUUAGCGCAUGCUUACUUUGAAUGCAUGCCUUUGGUAAGCGCAGGAGUGAGAAGAGGUUUUAAAUUAAUUAGCGCACCGGCGGCAAUUCAAGGAAAUAUGGUAUAUAUCAUUCUGAUAUCUAUAUCAGAAUUGUAUGAGUGAAGUUAUAAAAGAUAAUGAGAAAAAUGUGAGAAAGUCACAAGAAAAUUAUUCUUAAUUUUGCCGUAAUUAAGUUGUAGACCUACCAAAAACUCUAAUCGACUGUUUAGCUUGUUGGCAUCCCACGUCGUGAGCCAACGAUGGGAAUUAAAGGAGCAAGGGUGGAGUGUUAUUGCAGCUGGAACCUAUCGAUGCCUUACAACAGUCAUUUUGACUGCAAAUGUUAAUCCGAAAUCAAAAAAGGUGUUGUCUGAGGUGGGCUGUUCGCCCUCUGAAAAUAUUGACACACCGAGGAAAUACAAUUCUACCAGUUUUUACAGUCUACUAGGGUAGAUGGGAAUUUUUUGUGUGUGCACGUCUCGCUAGGCAACGGUGUUUAAGGGUUUAGCAUAUAGCGUAUGCUGGUACCUCAGCACAGGAAAUGGAACUCAAAACUGAGCAGUGAAAGUCAAAAUGUGUUCACGUUGGCAGCUGUGGUUUAGUAAUAUGUCAUUUUUGAGUAAAACUGAAUCUGUGUUUUUGAAAGUUUACAGCGGUGUUAAUUACACUAUUUUGAUGACCUUUCUCUCUAAAAAGUAUAAACACAGGUAGUAUGAAAAAAAUCUACUUUUGUUUUUCUGAUCAAAUUAUGACUUUUGCACAAAUUUAAAACUUUUUCCUGUAAUUUUGCUGUUGAGCCCUUUUUUUAAAAGGGGCUUGUUGGACUUAAGUGGAAGUCUGUAAUCUGCUGAGUAUCGUUCUUUCCGUCUGUGUUCCAAGUUAUUUGUCUGCUGUUUGAGUCCGUGCUGGUGAACCUUGUCCUUCUAAGAGUAAGAGGAUGAAGAGGGCCUCUUAUUGUGAAGAGUCCGAGGGAUUUUCUCAGGUGUUUUGUUUUUCUGCUACAAUGUUGAAACACUAAAUAUGUAACAAACUAUUAAUGUCCAGUAGUAGCCAAUCGCAAUGUAGCCCGUCUGACAUCCUCCCGAAUUGUUUACACAAUCCAGUAGUGGUGAUUUUAAAAAAGAAAAAAGUGUACCAGCUCUGUCAAGUGGGUAAAUUCCUGUAGUUACUGUCAUUAAGUUCGUCCAAAUUAAAAAAAGACAAAAGUUUUCCCCUGUGUUAAGCUCUAAUGUAUUGUUUUAAACAAAUAAGAUAAGAAUUUUAUGUUCAUGAAAGACAAAGGAAAGAGUUUUCUAUCAGCAGUGAUGUGUAGCAACUUCCUGUCAUGUUUUGUUUGCAUUCCUGCACACUUGAAUGCAUUUCAGAGCGGUUUUGAUUUUCACUUUUUGUGUUAUUUAAUAAGGGUUUUUUCAGAUAUGUAAAUGUAUUUUUGUAUGAAAUAGAAUGUAGAUUUUUUUUUUGAUGUUGCUGUAGUGAAAUUUGCUUUUUGUACCACAAUUUCUGAAUAAUCUCCCGUUUUGGAGUUUUAAUUUAUUGAUUAUGAAUGGAAGAAAGAUGUGUUAAUUAGAAUUGAAUGUUUAAAAAUGACGGGGCAAUAAGGGAGGCAUGUAUUUUUCAUUAAGGUUGGAAAUCUGUGUGUGUGUGUACGUGUAUGUGUGUAAUUCAACACAUUUGAUGUAAAUAAAAUGUUCUAUGAAAAA